CACCGUUUGAAACAACCGCAGCCCACCAGAAAUGGCAGCAGAAAAAGUGGGUAGGAUCAAGCUUGGCACUCAAGGCUUGGAGGUUUCAGCACAAGGUUUCGGCUGCAUGGGCAUGUCCGUUGCCUACGGGCCUUGAAAGCCUGAACCUGACAUGAUCGCCCUUAUCCACUACGCUGUCAACUCCGGUAUCACUUUCCUCGAUAUCUCCGAUAUUUACGGUCCCCACACCAAUGAAAUCCUCCUCGGCAAGGCUUUGAAAGUUGGAGUUAGGGACACCGUUGAAUUGGCUACCAAAUUUGGAAACUUCUUUAUGGACGGGAAGCCAGAGGUCUGUGGAGAUCCAGCUUACGUCCGGGCAGCCUGCGAGGCCAGCUUGAAGCGUCUUGAAGUUGACUGUAUUGAUCUUUAUUAUCAGCAUCGAAUCGAUACCCGUGUGCCAAUUGAAGUCACGAUGGGGGAACUGAAGAAAUUGGUUGAAGAAGGUAAAGUGAAGUACAUAGGUCUGUCUGAGGCUUCUGCUUCAACAAUUAGAAGGGCACGUGCCGUUCAUCCAAUAACUGCUGUGCAGUUGGAAUGGUCACUCUGGUCUAGAGAUGUGGAAGAAGAAAUUGCAGGGAACUUGGAAUUGGGAUUGUUGCAUACAGCCCUCUCGGGCGAGGAUUCUUUUCAUUGGGGCCUAAACUGGCAGAAAAUUUAUCGGAUGGAGAUGUCAGAAGGUCUCAACCCAGAUUCCAACCUGAAAAUCUUGCGCAUAACAAACACCUCUACGAGCGGGUUAAGGAGAUGGCAACGAGGAAGGGAUGCACUACAUCACAGCUUGCACUAACAUGGGUUCAUCACCAAGGUAACGAUGUCUGUCCCAUCCCAGGAACAACCAAGAUUGAAAACUUGAACCAGAACAUAGGUGCUCUGUCUGUCAAACUCACACCAGAAGAAAUGGAUGAACUAGAAGUCGUUGCUUCCAAAGAUGCCGUAAAAGGAGACAGAUACCCUCCAG